AUGAACCUCCUCACGCGUAAGACUUCGAGCAAGUCGCUCUCGGAGAAGGAGAACAGGGGCAGAGGUCCCACGGGUCAGGAUGCUGGUGCGGCGGAGCGCAUUCAGGAAGACACCAAACCCUCACUCUUCCGCCGGUUGAGCAGGAAAACCAGUCGAUCGAGGGAGAGGGAGGGUCAUGGUCAGAAUGAGGCACCAAUCCCACAGCCGAUCGAGGCACGCCAUGAGCGAAAGGCAGUGGCUGAAGAUGUGGGUGACAAAAUCCCUUCAUCAAAGGUCGCCGAAGUCAUGCCAGAGCUCGGCCACGCCGACACCAAGAAGAAGCAUUCAACGAAAUUAAACACAUCGCCUCUUGCAGAGAAGCGCGAGACGCCCCAUCCCAUGGAUCCAGCCACGGAGAAGAAAGUUGCCUCGCUUCCCAGGAGCAAUUCCGAAGGGUUGCAAUCACAUCUCGAAUCAGGUGCACACGAUCAUCCCAAAAGCGACCGCCGCUCUAGAGGCUUGACAAAGGAAGACGUCGAGCAUCUCUUCUCCGGCGCGCCGCAAUUUGUCCUCGAGAAGGGUCGGAGAGGCCGGUGCUUCCCCCAAGCUUUUUUUCCAUGGAACAAUGACCUAGAGAUAUCUGAUCUCCAGGACCGGAGAUAUAUUAAGCAUGAAAGCUUCGCGCUUGCGACGUUACACGCCCACUUGCCCAUCCCUGAUGAAGUAAACUGGAAACCCGGAAUGGCGGCCCCCUUUAAGCAGCAAGGUCUCGAAUUGGGGAAACGGCCCAUGUUCGAAUUAGGGAUCUUUGAACGACCGAACAUGUUGGGCAUCGAAGGUCGGGAGCCAGGUACCGUAGGAAUGCGCUAUUUCCUGGAAAGGCCUGUCGCUGAUGGCAUGACGGACGAAAAGAUCAAGGAGCACGGUAAAGAUGUGGAGGUUGACCUAGCCCUUGCAAAUGCGCCCGCCAUGGAGGCCUUCAAGAUGCUCGCCCUGGGCAAAGAUAAUGAGGAGCUGAAUGCGAAAAUCGGCAAGCAUGCUCCAGCCCAGGAGAGAGCCAGACUGAUCAGAGAAGGCCCGCACGCGUGGAAAGCCGUGGGUGUCAGGGACAUUAGCAUGGUGGUCCUGGCGGAGAGGAUGGAGAAAAUCGGCGAGCUGCGCGAUCACGUCCUUAAUGCGGGCUGGCGAGUCACGGUCCUAAAUCACAUGGACGCUGCGGAUCUUUAUGCCCAUCUCUUCAAUGAACUGCUAUAUCCACCUCAUCGGGUGCCAUCAGAGGCGAAACACGGCAAGGCCUCUCUGAAGAUCCAAAUCGAAGCACUGGUCAAAGUCCUCACCACGCCUGGUGCCUGGCUCGAUUUGAGCGUCCCCGAGUCCAGAUUGCGGUUCGGAAAAAUCCUACACAGCCGGACGACGCGAUACGACCAUGAAACGGGUCUGUUCAUUAUCGAUCCGGAGCGCAAGUGGCUGCUCAUCCAGAUUCUGUUGGCCGUCGAAUUGGUCAUUCGACUUGACGCGGCAUUAAGAUUGGGUGUGGCACUCCAUGCCGAAAACUUUGAGAUUAGCAGCGAGGAAAUUCACCAUUUCAACAAAUUACGCAACCUCAAAGUCGAUUGGGAUCUCGUGGCGGCCAGACGGUUUCUGUUUCUCUCCUAUGUCAAGAGGAUCGAAAGGGGGGGUUCGGCUCUGGUAUCGCCUGUCCAGACUUUAGAGCGACCUCUGACUCUUAGACAGAAGUCGUCCGCCGAACGUCAGCAGCAUCAUGAGCAGCGGCCGGCGCAUCUCAAGCAGAAGUCCUCGGCCGAGCGCCAUUCACUGUUUGGCGAACUCAGACACAAGAUAGGCUUGGGCGGAACAGACUAUGAACCACACACAGUGCUCGAUGUCUGUGACGUGGCGAUCAUGUCUCGACAACCGGCCGUAAUGGUGGACGGCCUCUUCCGUUUCGCCACAAACAUUGGGUGGCCACGAAGCCACCAGCUCCAUGAGUCCCUCAAGCACAAACUAUGCACGGCUUCCGCGGAAGAGAGGGAGAAGAUGCUCAUGGAUGCAAUCGUCUGUCCCGACAACAACACCUCCGCGACCAAUCCUGCCAACUUGACACCUUCGCUUCAAAGUUUCAACGUUGAUCUACAUGCUGCUACACCUACCACCGUCGGGGGCUGGCUCUCUCACAGCUGGCUCUCUGGCAUGAUUCUUCCAGGCACCUCGAUCUGCGAUAUACUGAUGUCCACGCUCCUCGAGAACGAUCCCAACCCGCAGACUCUGCGGGAUCUGGGCUCAGCCAGCCUACCGCUUCGAGGAUGCGGGUUCAUUCUCGACGGGUCCUCAUGGUGGUCGAAAUCCUGCAUCGUGGGACGGGUCAUGGCACCCAUGCGGGGCGCAAAGGAGUCCAUGGGCUGGAUCUUCACGCCCAAUUUCGUCCCCUUGUAUGAGAACACUGGAACGCCGUUCAGCAACCGCUGGGUGAAGGUGAAAUGUUUCCCUGUCAUCACGGAUCGCGAUCGGCCUAGGAUAUUCGAUGGCGACAGACUGGCCGAAGAUUCAACUCCACUGGGCAAAGGCAAAGGAGGGAUAAUGGGGACCGAGUUUAGUAUGGUGACGGAUCACAUAUUGGAUGACGGACGUGCACCGGAAGUGACAGUCAAAGAUAUCAAGGUCCACUUAUCCAGCUCAGAUGUCACACAGACGUCUUCAGAACACCCCUUGUCAGCAUGGGCCCAGUUCGAUAUCAUGCUUACAACACCACCGAUCUCUCCUUCUCAUCCAUCGUCCGCAGACACGUCGGCUUCCGAAACGGCGCAGCUCCAGAUCCGCUACGGCCUUGAUCGCGCCGUGUAUUUCGUAACCUCACACCCGUGCCGUCUCCCACACGGCCACGCCACAUUCAAGCCGGGCUCAGCGGAUGCACACUAUGAACAACAACACCCAAAACACAUACGGGGCGUGACAGAACACAUCCCAGCCCAUCCACUGCACAAGACAUAUCCCUACGUAACGAAGACACUGGCGGAGAUUGUACAGAAUCCGGGGCUGACUCCCCCGAACCCGACGAAGACGGGCGACGAUGGGGUGUGGGUCAUUGACGCACGGAGCCACGGUGGUGAUUCUGCGCAUAGUUCCCAGAGCAAUCUGUGUGCCGCCGAAACACCUACUACAACUCCUUCAACACCAUCAGCAACAGCAACAGCCGGCACCAUCACAGUCACAUCUCCCACCGCCAGCGCCCAACCUGACUUAUUCCUCCAGCACUACCUCCACGGCAGCAGCGACCCGCAACUCUGGAAAAAGGACAUCCUCGUCCGGGCGUGGUGCGCCGAAAAGGGCCGCAAUGCCAUCGUCGCGAGAGUCGGGCGCACGUGUCUGUCCUGCGCGAUUCGCGAGGCCAAGGCACUCGAGAUUGCCGUAAUUAUCAGGGUCGGGAUCAAGGAAUGA